UUAUCAAGUGCUGGCACAGUUUUGUUUUAAUUUAAAUAGUUUUUGAAAAACAACUGCUGCCGAAUUUGCUGCUUGGAUGCAUUUUAGCUAGCAGCAGUGGACGGACAACGUUUGUAAAUAUAAAAAUUAUUAACUUCCUAGACCGUGUACACCCACAAAGAUGGCCGUCAACGUGCCGAGCUCGAAGCGCAGCGCAAUGCAACAAAUCUUUCUAAUCUUUACUUGUUGCAUUUUUGUCUGCUUGCCACUUGUUGUUGUUGCACAACAUAAUAAUUCCGUUUACUAUGCCAACGUGAACAGUACCAGAAAUCCAACAACACCACACACCUACAACAACAAUAUAAAUGCCAGUGAUAAAGCAUUUCCAGAGGAUAUAGAGUUAACUCGAACUUCGAACUCUAGUACUUACCGUUACGAUGAGUAUGAAGACGAAUUGGAUAUGAACUUUCGAGAUAAGGAUUACGAGUUGUACGAAUAUCUGCGACGCACUUCGGUUAUUUUCGGCUUGGCGAGCAUGGCGAAUGGCAGUAAUGUGAAUACAGUUUGCAGUCGACAAAUGAGACAUAUCCAACGGGGGAUACUGCGCAAGGAGCCGUGGGCCAUGAAAGUGCUCGACGCUUCGGCAACCAAACCUUCAGGCUUUGUAUUUGGUCAGAACUUCUGGCUGGGCAGCCGUGAAGCUUGUGGCGCCGUCAAGAACCCCGUCGCCAUUACACUCUCUAAGAACUAUCAACGUAUUAUGCAUUAUGCCAUCAUCACCGAACGUGCGCCCUUCGAUGUGGACUAUCGUGUAGUCUAUUUGCGUCAUAAUUCACCCUGGCAGGUGGAGAUCAAAAUGAUGUCGGAGGAAAUUAUUCACGUCGGACUCUGUUUGCCCAGCGUUUGUGCAUCACAUGAAAUCGAAGAGUUGACGCGCUCGUAUUUGGAACGAGGACUUUUCAUUGAGAAUGACAUAUACGAUAUACGACCACAGUUGGUUUAUGUGAAAGAUCUCAAGUUGAAUAAGAGUUUCUUCGAGAAACGCACUUUCAAAAUGAUGUCCGUAUUUCUGGCAUUCACGAGCUUAAUGCUCUUAGUUGCGGCAUUUCUGCGGGUGAAACCUGUUGUGGAGGCGAAGAGAGAGCAGAACUCGUCGAAGGUUACGCAAGAGAGUUCAGUUGAUGUUGCACAGCAGCUGCUACCCACCAAAGACAGCAAGGAACCGCCGAACUCAGCUACAGCUCCUUCUGAUUGCAGCGCGCAUUCGAAUUUACGUGACUAUGUGAAGUGCUUUGACGUCUUGGACAAUUACGAUAAAAUGUUUACGGUGAGGGAAAAUGGUAAGCGUGAGAUUCCCGUUAUAAAUGGCUUGCGUUCGGUUUGUGCGAUGUGGCUCGCGGCUUUCCAUGUAUUCUGGUACAUGUACUUCACGGUGAACAAUAAGGCCUUCUUGAUUUCAUAUGCGGAACGGAUUUUCUUUCAAUAUGUCAGUUCGGCACCGCUCUUGGUGGAUGUCUUCUUCACUAUAAGUGGUUUCCUGCAGGCCUACAACUUUAUACGAAACACCAAACAGAUGGAAACGAUCCGUGCCAAUAGUCUUCUGCAAAAUGUGAAAUACUUCUUCAAGUUGCUGUUUCAUCGCUAUCUGAGACUCGGCCCGCUAUACCUAGUGAUGAUGGGCACAGUGGACUUAUUUUUCGCCUACAUCGCCGACGUUUCAGUCUACCAUAUUAGCGAGCGUUUCGAUGAGAAAUGCACGCAAUAUUGGUGGCGCAAUUUGAUCUUCAUACAGAAUCUGUUCGAUCACAAUGACAUGUGCCUUAAUUGGACCUGGUCAUUGGCAUGUGAGAUGCAAUAUUAUGUGCUAGCGACCAUACUACUCUUCACCUAUGCCAAAAACCCACGCUUGGUCAAGGGUUUUACGGCGGCCAUUUUAGUUGGCACCAUUGUUUGGAGUUAUUCCAUUGGUUUGGAUACCAAAUUUCAACUAUCCUUCGACUCUGUGCUUGCCACUGGCACGGAUAUCUACAUCAGUCCCUUCGUACGCAUUUUGCCAUAUGUACUAGGCGCCGUUACCGCCUGGUAUCUGCUGCAGCGACAGUCCCAGAUCGACAUCAGCGAGUUGAAGGAGAAAUGCUUUUGGAAUUUAGCUAUUUUCAUAUUCUUCACCUGCAUCUAUUCGACAAUCAAACGUGAUAUGUCCGUAUUUUCGGCGAUUACUCUCUUCAUUGUCGGACGUUUGCUUUUCUCGCUAAGCAUUUGUUGGAUGAUUGUGGGCAGCGCAACCGGACGUGGCGUUUGGUGGUCGCGCAUUUUGGAAGCCAAGGUGUUUCAGCACAUCAAUCGGGUCACGUAUGGCAUUUAUUUGUUGAAUCCCUUCGUCAUAGCUUUCUUCUUCAGCUUGACGAAUGCGAGUACUAAUGCGGAUCCGCUGAUGAUGUGCGUAGUGACAUCUGGAUUUGUUGUUAUCAUUUACUUAGCUUCGGUGGUGUUCUCGCUAGCUUUCGAAAUGCCCUACUGCAAUUGGUCCAGCUUGAUGCUUAAAAGUGGCCGCAGCAAGUCGAAACGCCUAUAACUGUGCUAUUAAUUGCUGAGCUUCAGUUUUAAAUAGUGGAUUUUGUAUAUAUGUUUUUGGCUAUUAGAUAGACGGUGUUAUUGUGGAUGCGGCAUAUACAGGAAGAGUGUUAGAGUGUUGCAUAUGCUUAUGAUUUUUUUCGAAUACCCUGUCUCCUUGUAACCUUGUAAUGCCUUGGGCCAAUUAAUUUAGUGUCGUUUUUAAUUUCAUAUUUAAUUCAUUGUGAUCAUAAUCCAUCCAAUUGGGUAGUUAUAUAAGAUAUUGAUGUUGUACAUAUUAUACUAUAUAUAAAUAUACAUAUAUAUGUUCAUUAGUAUAUAUGUACCAGUAUAUAUAUAUAAGCUUAAUUUACAUGGAAUAGUUUUAGAAUGACGACUUAAAAUUUGCUCUUUUCAUUAAGUGCUGCAAAUGACAUACAUACAUAUUAUUGUAGGUAAACCUGUAUAUACUUCUUAUAUUCUUAUAAAAUUUGGAGCAAAAAACUCAGUUGUAAAUUUUUUGCGAUUUUUCUAAAAUAUUUGUUUUGCCAAAACUUUAUCUCAUAACCGAAAAUAGGCUUAUGUUAAGUUAACUCCAUAGAAGGAGUAGAAUAUUUGUGGUAUGUAAGCAAUAAAAGGCAAAUAUAUGUACAUACAU